GCAGCGCGCUCCGCCGCUCCGCUCUGCUCCGGCACCGGCACCGGCUCCGGCACCGGCUCCGGCCCACGGGCUCGCCCCCGCCGCCCCCAGCGACCUCCUGCUCCCGAGCUCAGCCCGCACCAUGGGGCCGCGCCGGGGCUGCCCGGCCCCGCUGAGCCUCCUGCUACUGCUGCUGCUGCUCCAGGCCGGGCGCUGGCGGUGCGAGGAGCCGGACUCCUGCCAGCCCGGCUUCUCCGCCGCCACCUUCGCCUUCACCGUGCCCCGGGACAGCGUGGCGGCGGGCAGCGUGCUGGGUCGAGUGAGCUUCGCGGACUGUGCCGGGCAGCGGCGGGCGGCGCUCACCACGGACGACACGCGCUUCCGGGUGCGCGCGGACGGCGUCGUCUCGGCCAAGCGGCCCCUGCAGCUCCACGGCCGGGAAAUCGCCUUCUCCGUGCACGCCCGGGACGCGGCGGGCGGCAAGCACUCGGCCCGGGUGACCCUCGGCAGGCGGCGGCGGCACCGCCACCACCACCACCGGCACCCCACGGACGCGGCGCCCGCCGUGCUGGUCUUCCCCGAGUCCGGCGGCGGCCUCCGGAGGCGGAAGAGGGACUGGGUCAUCCCCCCCAUCAACUGCCCGGAGAACGAGCGGGGGCCCUUCCCCAAGAAGCUGGUGCAGAUCAAGUCCAACAAGGACAAGGAGACCAAGGUCUUCUACAGCAUCACGGGGCAGGGGGCGGACUCCCCCCCGGUGGGCGUCUUCACCAUCGAGCGGGAGACGGGGUGGCUGGAGGUGACGAAGCCGCUGGACAGGGAGGAGAUCGACAGGUACAUGCUCUUCUCCCACGCCGUGUCGGCCAACGGGCAGCCCGUGGAGGACCCCAUGGAGAUCCUCAUCACGGUGACGGACCAGAACGACAACCGGCCCGUGUUCACCAAGCAGGUCUUCGUCGGCUACAUCGAGGAGGGCGCGAAGCCGGGUACCUCCGUGAUGACGGUGAACGCCACGGACGCGGACGAUGGGGUGAACGUGGACAACGGCAUCAUCAACUACUCCAUCCUCAGCCAGGAGCCGCCGCACCAGAUGUUCACCAUUGACCCGGAGAAGGGCAUCAUCAGCGUCAUCGCCACGGGGCUGGACAGGGAGAGCACUCCCAACUACACACUGAUCAUCCAGGCAGCGGACCAGGAGGGCAAGGGCCUGACCAACACGGCUACGGCCAUCAUCGAAGUCACCGACGCCAACGACAACACUCCCAUCUUCGACCCCACCGUGUACGAGGGGACAGUGGAGGAGAAUAAGGCUGGGGUGGUGGUGGCCCGGCUGAAGGUGAAGGACCUGGACAGGCAGGGCUCCCCUGCCUGGCGAGCCGUCUACCACAUCAAGAGCGGGGACCCGGACAAUGACUUCAGCAUCACCACCGACCCCCAAACCAACAACGGCAUCCUCCGAACGGCCAAGGGCCUGGAUUACGAGAUGAAGAACCGGUACGACCUCGUGGUGGGGGUGGAGAACGAAGUCCCGUUGACCGUAUCCCUGCCCACCUCCACGGCCAGCGUCUUGGUGAUAGUCAGAGACGUGAACGAAGCCCCCAUCUUCAUGCCGCCCGUCAAGAGGGUGGAGGUGUCGGAGGAUUUGCCGGUGGGGCAGGAGGUGACGUCCUACACUGCCCAGGACCCAGACAAGGACCAGCAGCAGAAAAUCACGUACCGGCUGGGCAGCGACCCCGCAGGGUGGCUGGCCAUCGACCCCAAGAACGGCACCAUCAGAGUCGCCCGGGCCCUGGACCGGGAGUCGGUGCACGCCCCGAACAGCACCUACAAGGCCGUCGUGCUGGCCAUGGACAGCGGGGUGCCGGACGCCACCGGCACGGGGACGCUGCUCCUCGUCCUGCAGGACGUCAACGACAACGGGCCGACGCCAGAGCCCCGAUUCUUCGACAUCUGCAACCGGCAGCCCGAGGAGCAGACGCUGACCAUCGUGGAUAACGACCUGCCCCCCAACACCUACCCCUUCCAGGCGGCCCUGGAGCACGGCUCCAGCACCAACUGGACCGUCAAGGUGACCGGCCAAGACGUGCUGGUCCUCAAGCUGGUGAAGGAGCUGGAGCCGGGGGAGUACAACAUCUUCCUGAAGCUGAUGGACAGCCAGGGCAAGGCGCAGGUGACCUCCGUCAAAGCCCAGGUGUGCGAGUGCGAGGGGGCAGCCAAGAACUGCGAGCGGCGGGCGUUCGUCGCCGGCGGGCUGGGCGUCCCCGCCAUCCUGGGCAUCCUGGGGGGCAUCCUGGCACUGCUGAUCCUGCUGCUGCUGCUGCUGCUCUUCGCCAGGAGGACGAAGGUGGUGAAGGAGCCGCUGCUGCCGCCCGAAGACGACAUGCGGGACAACGUGUACUACUAUGACGAGGAAGGCGGAGGCGAGGAGGACCAGGACUACGACCUGAGCCAGCUGCACCGGGGGCUGGACUCCCGCCCCGAGGUCAUCCGCAACGACGUGGCCCCCCCACUGAUGGCAGCCCCCCAGUACCGGCCCCGGCCCGCCAACCCUGAUGAGAUCGGCAACUUCAUCGACGAGAACCUGAAGGCGGCCGACACGGACCCCACGGCCCCCCCCUACGACUCGCUGCUGGUGUUCGACUACGAGGGCAGCGGCUCGGAGGCCACCUCGCUCAGCUCCCUCAACUCCUCCGCCUCCGACCGCGACCAGGACUACGACUACCUCCACGAGUGGGGCAACCGCUUCAAGAAGCUGGCGGACCUCUACGGCGGCGGCGAGGAGGACGACUAGAGCCCCCGCCGCCCCCGGCCCGGGCGGCCGCCGCAGCUCGCGUCAUUUCAGCCCCUCGGACUCAGGCUGGCGCGCCUGCCCUGCCCCGGCUGCGGGCCGGGCGGCCAAAAUCCCCUCAGGCACCCUUCGGACCCGUUGUCUCCGUCCCCCUCCUCCAGCUCAGGGAAAGCUCUGGGUGGCGGGUUAGCAGGGCUGGAGGGGGACCUGGCCACUUCCAGCCGCUGCCUGCUGCCCCAGCGGUCCCCGCGGUGGUCCCCACGGUGGUCCCCACAGUGGUCCCCGCGGUGGCCCAAGGUCUCCAGCUGGGGGAUGCACUUGGCCUCACUGGGCCACCCAAAGCCGCGGUUGCACCAGGCUUUGCUUUGGGACCUGCCCCGACGCCAGCCUGGCGUCUUCCCGGCUUGGACGUAGAAGACGCAUCCUCGCCCCUCGCGUUCGCGCGCAGAAACUUGCUCUCUGCGUCGUUUUACGCAUUUCCCCUCCGCCGCAGCGGCCGGCCCGGGGCUGCCCCAGCCACCCUGCCCCGUGGGGCUCCCAGCCCCCACGUCAGGUCCCGAAACCGCCGCCGCGCUGGCGACCGGCCACGCUCGGCCCGCCGGGGCGCACGGCGGGGAAAUGUGACGGUCCCAGCGCAGCCGGACAUUGUGCCUUUGUGUGAAACUGCUCGUGCGUGUGCCGCAGCGGGGAGAGGUAAUCCGUCAUACACAGCCUAAUGAUGUGCCAUGCUCGUUACGGGGUGCACGGUAGAGAAUUAUCUUUGAUAUGGGAGUUACAGGCAGAUUUCUAUUUUUCUGUAUACCAGAUUACGAUAUUAUUUCCUUCUGUGUCACGGAAUGUGUAAUUGUCGAGUGGUUGAUGAAAAGUGCUUUCGAAAAUCCAAUAGCUUUAGUUCAAUUCUAAACUAUGUGUUUAGCUGUCAUCAUAUUUUGUACUUUUUAUUAUGGGAAAAGGGGUUGAUGCAGAUUAGGAGACCAGCAAUGGUCUAGUGUUAAUUUGAUCUUCUGUUUUUAUAUAAAAUUGAAAUAAUAAAUUGUUUUAAGAAAACCAAAA